GAAGAAAUUAGAGGAGUGUUUUGUUUUGUAUCGAAUGUGAACAAAGAGCGAGGAAGGCGAUGUCUGGUAUUCCUGGAGCCGGAUAAGAAUGUUGAUUUCAUUAUGGAAACAAUCCGACAGGUGUUCCGGCUGAACAACAAAGAGCAUGGUUCUAAGCCGAGCAUAACAAUUACACGAGCACCAGAUAUUAAUCGACAGGAAAAUGGCUUUUUUGAUCACACUUACGUGAAUUUGUGUAACGUGCCAGCAGCUCUUGGCCUGGAACGGCAGCCAUGGUUUCAUGGCGAAAUGGAACGGGGCAUGGCCGAAUCGAUGAUGCGUUAUGAGGGGGACUUCUUGGUGCGAAUCAGCCCGAAUACCACGAACAAUUUCGUUCUUUCCGGAAUUGCAAAUUCUGCUGCGAAACACUUUUUGCUGCUUGAUGAAAAUGACUUGAAAAACGAUCGUUAA